AUGACCAACAUCAAAAGAACCCAGCGAGCCACUUUACCAAGUGAUAAAAAAGUGACUCUUGUUUUACCCUCUUCAAACUUGCCAUUUCUUCAUCUGAUCCCUGGCCUUUCUCCUUCGUUUUCUUCUAACACACAGACCUUCUUUUGGUUAAAAAAAUGGGGAUUAUUGGAGACAAAACAGCACGUGAAUUUCCACCUUCAUCUUCAUGCGUUUCACUUCCAUCAUCAUGAGAACAAGGAGCUCAAAGAUGUUCCAAAGGGCAGUCUGGCAAUCCUGGUGGGUCAAGGUGAAGAACAACAGAGGUUUGUGAUUCCUUUGAUGUAUAUUACCCACCCGCUGUUCAUGCAACUGUUGAAGGAAGCUGAGGAAGAGUAUGGAUUCGAUCAUGAAGGUCCCAUCACCAUCCCUUGCCAUGUCCAGGAGUUUCGCGAUGUUCAAGGAAUCAUCAACAAAGACCACCGUCACCAUCACCAUCAUCAUGUCUGGUGUUUUUAAUUAAUCAUCAAUUCUUGAAAUGUCAUCAUGCUGAUUUGUUUUAUGUUUUUUUUCUAGUGUUUUAAAGAAAGACAAUGAAUGAUGGGAUCAUUCUUUGUACAUAAAAUUCAUUUGUGAAUGUGAACAUAUUAUAAAGCAUUAA